CGUCAUCGUUUCGCGCGUCGCUGUUCCGUCGUCACCGCAGUCGUUGUCCGCCGUCAUCGUACGCACAUUCACGUACGUGUUGGUACACGCCGUCUUCGUCUGUUACUCAAGUUACUGUCGCGGGUUAAUCACUUCACCGUGUUUUUUUUUUCAUACCGAGACGUAAUGUCACCUGUACGUUGUUGAAAAGUUACCGCCAAACCCGAUUAAGUCGUAAUAUUCGUGAACCCACGUAUUUAAUGUUAUAAUUAUUAUUUUACAAGACAAAUCGAUUGAUAUUUCCAUCGUUUUAUCAACGUGUGCGAUAUACGUUUGCGAGUGAUAAAAUUCCGUCGUCUCAUCGUCGUUAUUCGCGUCUAGCGGAAAACCACACGAUUAUGAUGCGAAACCGCUUGUUGUCGUCGUGGCUUCCCACGCCGCUGCUGGCCUUGGUUCUACUGGUCGCCGUCGUUACAGACGCCAUGGCCAAAGAACCUUCGCUGAUCAUCAGGCCGACACAACCGAAACAAACAAAACCAAUUGGUUCAUCAUUGAUAUUGAAUUGCCAGCCCGACGUCGACCAACCAGAAUUUAUCAGGAAUCUCAAAUGGCUAGAUCCGCAGAACAGGACGAUCGAUCAAACCUCGACCGCCGGAGCACACGUGACCACAACGUUUACCUCCAGUAACAAUUUGGGACUGGUGAUAACUGGUCUCACCGAAGCGGAUGUGGGCACAUAUACAUGCACUGCCACAUACUCGAAUUCUGAAUAUCUGGUCCGCAGCGUGAUUGUGGACAGUUUCUACGAUAUUACGUGGGUUGAUGCUCCCACUGAACAAUAUCCGAUUGCUGGAACUAGUUACAAAGUGCGCUGCAAAGUCAAGGCUAAUCCAGCACCAUUAGUCGACUGGUACAAAGAAGAUACCAGAAUUCAAGACGGCAACGGUUUUGUCAAGGAUAUAGACGGUCUGCUGAUCCAAAACGUCACAGCCGAAGACGACGGCCUGUACAAAUGUCGAGCCAUCGUGUUGGACACGGGUAACAUCUUGGACCGGGACAUCAGAGUCGAAGUUCAUAUCCCGCCAACGUUUGCUCCCGACCAAGUUUCCCAGCUGGAAGUGGUGGAAGGCGAGAUGGCCAGCGUGCGUUGCGCGGCCAACGGUAAACCGGAACCCAAGAUAACUUGGAUACACGUGUCGGAUCAGCGGGAUAUAAGCGAGGGUACUGAGAGGUACUCCGUGAACAAGCUGACGGGCGUGUUGAGCCUGAAUCGUAUCAGUCGUAAUGACAACGGUCAAUUCAAGUGUGUAGCUAACAACGCGGCUGGUCAGAUCGAGCGAUUGGUAAACGUAGUCGUGCUCAUCAAACCAGAGGUGCUGGACGUGACCAAUGUAUCCGUGCCCAUCAAUACCGAGGCCAGAGUCAAGUGUAGUGCAAAUGGCAACCCUCUACCGUCGAUCAUGUUCAGGAGAGUGGGCACGAACGUCGUCAUAAAACCGGGAAUCGAAGAUUAUCGCAUUAGUGUGGAGCACGACACCGUUGGGGACUUGGCAAUGGCCACUCUUGUGAUUAAACACCUGAAUCGAUCCGACGACGGACUGUACACGUGUAUCGCAUUGAACAAGGGUGGUGAAGCGAGAAAAAACGGGCAUCUAACUGUUGAGUUUCCUCCAGUGUAUGCUAGCGAUAUGGUCAAGGAGGUAUGGACGUGGAACAGGAAGCCUGUGAACCUCUCGUGUGUGACUGAAUCUUUACCAAACGCGUCAAUCACAUGGCUGCUCAACAAUCGAAUGGUGGAGGAUGACAUUAACGUGCAAAAGUUUGGCAAAGGCCCAUACAGCAACCUCCUAGUGACACCGGUUGACCAACGCUACUACGGAGUAUACACGUGCUUUACAAAAAACAUACACGGCGAGAAUAAUAUGCAAAUCACGCUUAGAGAAGCACGCCGGCCGUCCAAAGUGUCUCAAACCAAGUUCGAAGUUAUCACUGCUACGACGAUUUCGUUCAGUUUCGUGGGUCCGACAGACACAGGAGGUAUAAAAGUCAAAGCCUACGCCGUUCAAUACAAAGAGAUGUCGCAGUCGUGGGAAGAAGCUCGCAAUAAAUCUUGGCCAGUGGACACGCCCUACAUACUGGAAAGUUUAGAAGCGCACAGGACCUACCAGUUCAGGUUCGCCGCCAUCAAUGAUGUAGGUACUAGCGAUUGGGGUUCACAGGAACAGCGCACCAUGCCCAAGAGGAGCGCGCCCGAGGAACCUAAAAUAUUGGUCAGCAAAGAUAUGUACCCUGAAGAUUACAUUAUCUCUCCGUACGGAAACAGCUACGAAGUGAACUGGAAGAUACCUGCUGACAACGGCGAACCCAUAAACCUAUACAAUGUUAACUAUUGCGUGACUGACAAAGUAAACACGGUAUGGACAAUUAGAAGAGACUCGUGUCGGUCUGAAGACCUCAGGUCUCCUGACAAGACUGCGUUUUUGAUGGAAAAUCUAAAUGCUGACACGUUUUACAAAGUGGAAGUCAGAGCUCACAACGAUAUCGGAUUUAGCGUACCAUCGGAACUCGUCUUCAAGACUGCGACCGAGCAAACCGCAAAGGUGGCCGUCAUCAACGCGGCUGCGACCGUUAACCGAUUGGCCGUGCGCGAUUGUAUUGUCGCCUUGUCGACAUUGAGCUUAGCUGCUUCCUUUGGCGGCAAUCGCUGGUGGUUACGCUAAAACUCAUGCGAAUUAUUUUUAGCACAUAACUGUGACGAUUAUUAUUACUAUUCAUUUUUUCCCGUUCGAUUUACAGUCACUGUAUUUUUAUUUUAUUCUUUUUAUAUAAUUAUUCCUCGUCAUUAAUUAUUAUAAUACUGUAUUAAUUCAUCUAUCUCUAUACGCGUACGUAGUCAUGUCUCGCGAACGAUUUAAUUAAUAUUUUCUUUUUUCACAACCAAAAUAUUAUUAACUUCAAAUAAUAAUACAUUAUAAUACUAUAUUGUAGUGACUACAAAAAUCGGAACGUUUAAUAAUGGUUAGUGUGUGAUAACAUCAUAUACGUUUUUACGGUGUAGUACGCUGCUACAUGUGGUAAGGUAUAAUAUACGUAUAGUAUUAUGUUAUUGAAUAGCUUGUUAAGCCUUGUACUUGUCUAAUAUUGUAUAACUAUUGUGAUAAAAAUAUGUAAAUGUUUAAAAUGUAUAUGUGUGUAUGAACGACUACGAAUCUUUCAACGACAGGUAUUAUUUUACUUGCUCUGCAGUCCGUAUCUCUACAUUCGUUCGUUUCCCGACGGAAACAUUUUUAUUUUCGUUUUUUUUAUAUGUUGGCGAAAGCAGUUCGUUGUAUUGGUUCUACAAUAAUUCGUAUCUAUUUCAAAUAUUGUUCCCCCAGUCGUCCCCCGUUGUCACGUAUUUUUAAUAUACUAUGUAGAUAUAAUAUUCGAUAUUUUAUAGCUAUCAUUCUAUUGAUUUUCAUCCACGUUCGGUCAGUUAUUGAUAAUACUCGACCUACUGUGAAAAUAUAUUAGUAGCUUACUGUAAUGGUACCACGAAAUCGGUCCACGUAUGCAAUACUAUUUGCAAACAUCACUUGUCUCAUGUGAGGAUUUUAUCGCGUAUUUGUACAGUUAUACAUCAUUAAAUAAAAUAAAACUAAUUUGAUCGUCAAAAACCACUCCAUCAAUAUUUGUUUACCCCAGUCCUAUUUUAAUGUUGCCUGAUACCUGUUAUCGAAUUAUUUUCUAACUUAAUAAAAUUUCCACUAUAAUAUUAUGUUUUUACCAUCAUACUUAUUAUCAAUAGCCACCGUCCUCGUGUUUUAUUAAUAUUAUAAAUUAUAUUAACACCAUGUAUAUGUAAAUAUUAUCCACGCUUCAUCACGUAUAGAUA